ACGCUAUCACAAAUAAUCAUGAUGGGUGAUAAAGACAUUCCAAAGAAAGCUUCAAGUGGCAACGGCUCCAGGAAGAGCAGGAAGAAGAGAGGGGGCAGUAAGAGGAAGAUGACCUCUGAACAGUCUUCCGCUCACAACUCUAUCAGUGAAUGGGUUUUCCUGGACCAGAGGAGGCCCGGUAAGAUUCUUGAUGAUGAUUUUCUGGUGCCAUGGCAUCAGCGCAAGGAGAAAUUGGUGUUUGAACUGCACACCCAUUCUACUCACAGUGAUGGCUACUUGUCCCCUUCCAAGGUGGUUGAAAGAGCACAUCAAAACGGGGUGAAAGUUUUAUCUUUGACUGAUCAUGAUACAAUGUCUGGAAUACCCGAUGCCCUAGAAGCUGCGCACAGAUUAGGCAUCAAAAUCAUUCCAGGUGUUGAAGUCAGUACUAUGUUCUCCCCAAGGGAGGAGUCUGGAUCAGAAGAACCGGUUCACAUCCUAGCAUAUUACAGCAGUUGUGGACCAACAAAGGUUGACAAGCUGGAAAAUAUGUUGAGUGUUAUAAGGGAAGGACGUUUUGGACGUGCCAAAAACAUGCUUUUGCUACUCAACAAACUCAAAUUGCCACUUAAAUGGGAAGAGGUACUGAGAAUAGCAGGCAAGGAUGUUGCUCCCGGGAGGGUGCAUGUUGCUCGUGCCAUGGUUGAAGCAGGAUAUGUUGAAAAUCUAAUGCAGGCUUUUGACAAAUACCUACAUGAUGGUGGGCCUGCAUAUGCUACUGGAAGUGAGCCAGAUAUGGAGGAAGCUGUGAAAUUAAUAUGUGAAACUGGAGGUGUAGCUGUAUUGGCACAUCCAUGGACAUUAAAGAACCCGGGGGCUAUUAUAAGCAGACUGAAAGCAGCUGGCCUUAAAGGGAUAGAGGCUUACAGAAGUGAUGGAAGAGUUGCACCAUACAGUGACUUAGCUGACACAUUCAAUCUAGUAAAGCUUGGAGGGUCUGAUUUUCAUGGAAAAGUGGGCCAGGAAGAGCCUGAGCUAGGAAGCGUGAGCCUCCCUGUGUGUGCUGUGCACGAGUUCCUGAAGGUGGCCCGCCCAAUCUGGCGAAGUGCCAUUGCACACAUCUUGGAGAAUUAUAUUGACCAUCCCACGGACUCAAGCUUGCAGCCUAUAAUGAAGUAUGGUUCUUAUUAUGAAAAGCCCAGGAGUAUAAGGAAUUCAGCUAAUGAGUUGAUUAGCCAAUGCUUGGCUUCCUGGCUGACCAAUGAGGAAAGACAGAAUGCAGAGUUUGAGGCCAUCCAGCAGAAGCUUUGUGGCUUUUCUAUUAGCCAACAAAACACCACUGCUUGUGCUCUGGAUAUUUAACUUUGGUUUUUGUAAGGCCAUCGGCACUAAUCCCCCUCACGCCUAGGUGCUAGUUAUAGCUAGGUUGUCCAAUAAUUUACCUCGAGGGAAUGGGUUGCAAAAGUUGUUUUGGUUAGAGUUAAUUUUAUCAUCAUUUGGUUUCAUCCACAAACUGCCCCAAGGUAUGAUAUAAAAUUAGUAUUGCAACGUAUAUGGUGAACUUUUACCAGAUUGAACCGAUUAAUUAAUAAUUAGUUGCGUAAUCAUAAGUUCAGAUUGAACCAAUCAUUCCACUU